AUGCUGGGGCGCGCGCUGCGGAGGUACGGCUCGCUGAAGGGCCUGCCCCAGGAAGUGCUGAACCAGCCUGGCACGCGCGUGAGCGAGCUGCCCAACAAGCUGAAGAUCGCCACGGUGAAAAGCUCGUGCGAAGUGCCCACCAUAGGAAUCUGGGUGAGCAGUGGCAGCAAAUAUGAAAGCAAACAGAACAAUGGAGUAGCUCACUUCCUAGAGCACAUGAUAUUUAAAGGGACCAAAAAGAGAAGCCGCAUCCAGCUAGAGAAAGAAAUAGAAAACAUGGGAGCGCACCUUAACGCAUAUACAGCAAGAGAACAGACGAGCUACUACUGUCGCUGCUUCAAAGGAGAUGUAAAGUGGUGCAUAGAACUCCUAAGUGACAUCCUAUCUAACAGUAUCUUCGAUGAAGAUCUAAUCGAAAUGGAAAAGCAUGUGAUUCUUAGAGAAAUGGAAGAAGUGGAGAAGUCAAAAGAUGAGGUCAUUUUUGACAAGCUCCAUAUGACCGCAUUUCGGGAUCAUGCUCUAGGAUACACAAUUUUAGGACCCAUAGAAAAUAUAAAGAAUAUGAACAGACAGAGCAUCAUUAAUUACAUCCACACGAAUUACACCUCCGAUAGGAUGGUCCUCUGUGCCGUGGGGGACGUGGAGCACGAGGAGAUUGUCAAGCUGGCUGAGCAGCACUUCAGCCAUUUGAAGCCGCAGUCUUCCCACACCACGUCUGCAUCUAACUUAGAUGCUGUAAAGCCCUAUUUUUGUGGUUCCGAAAUUAUCGUAAGAGAUGACGAUUCGGGACCUAGUGCACACGUAGCUGUGGCGUUCGAAGGAGUGGAUUGGAAGUCCCCCGAUUCGAUCACCUUCAUGCUUAUGCAGUGCAUCAUCGGGACUUAUAAAAAAAGCGAAGAGGGAAUCCUCCCAGGAAAACUCUCCGCAAACAGAACCGUUAACAACAUCUGCAAUAAAAUGACCGUCGGAUGUGCAGACUACUUUUCUGCUUUCAACACUUGUUAUAACAACACGGGCCUGUUUGGAUUCUACGUCCAGUGUGACGAGCUAGCUGUGGAGCACGCCCUAGGCGAACUCAUGUUUGGAGUUACUUCCCUCAGUUACAGCAUCACAGAUGAAGAAGUGGAGCUAGCCAAAAUACAACUGAAGACCCAACUCAUUAAUAUGUUCGAAUCAUCGUCCACCCUGGCGGAAGAAGUCUCCAGGCAGAUUCUAGUGUACGGACGGAACAUCCCUCUGGCGGAGUUCCUCCUUAGGCUGGACAAAAUAGACACCGAGGAAGUGAAGCGGGUCGCGUGGAAGUACCUGCACGACCGCGAGAUCGCCGUGGCCGCCAUGGGCGCGCUGCACGGCAUGCCGCAGUACUACGACCUCCGCCAGAAGACCUUCUGGUUGAGGUAUUGA